AUGCUGUCGGUGCCGGGCUCCGGAGGGGCCCCUUCGCCGGGCUUCGGCGCCGGCGAGGCCGGGUCGGGCGCGGGCUCCGGAGGCGACUUCCUCACCCGCUACCGGCUGGUGUCGGCCAAGCUGCGGCGGCGCUUCCUGCGCAAGCCCAACGUCUCCGAGGCGGCCGAGCAGUUCGCGGCGCUGGCGCGGGAGCUGCGCGCCCAGGAGAGCCUGCCUUACGCCGCCUGGUGCCAGCUGGCGGUGGCGCGGUGCGCGCAAAGCCUGGGCCACGCGGCGGGCGAGGCGGCGGCGCUGGGCGAGGCGGCGCGCCUGUGGCUGCGGCACGAGCGGGAGCUGCGCCUGCGCCAGGGCCCCGGCCUGGGCCUGGCCGAGCACCUGCCCGCCGCCCAGAGCUGCGUGGCCUUCGGCGCCCGCCUGCGCCUCGAGCUGGGCCAGCCGGCUCUGGCGGCGGGGCUGUGGCUGGAGCUGGGCCACGAGCUGCGCGCCGCCGCCGAGCCCGGCCAGGCCGUGCCGGCUCUCCUGCGCGCCGCCGACCUCCUGGCCGCCGCCCACCUGCCCCUGGAGGCCGUGCGCUGCCUGCGCGACGUCGCCUCCUGCCUGCUGCUGACCAGAGACCACGACGGCGCCCUGGCGGUGCUCACGCAGGCCCAGGGGCUGGCCCAAGGCGGCUCGGGACCCCCCGGACCCUCGGCGUCGGCCGCCUCUUCUCCCGCUAGCCUUCCGCCCGCCGCUUUCCUCGACGAGCUGCUCCACUGCGAGGUGACCCGCGUCCUCCUCCUCCUCUUGCUGCAGCCGCCGCCCUCCAAACUGCUGCCCGAGCACGCCCAGACCCUCGAGAAGUACUCCUGGGAGGCCCUGGAUGCCUCGCCCGGCUACCUGCCGCCCGAGCUUUUCCUGCUGCUCCAGUCCGCCGUCAUGGCCUGCCAGGAGAAAGACCUGGAGGCGCUCAAGGUGCUGCAGAAGGAGCUCUGGCCGCUGCUUACUCCCGAGCAGAACCACCUCUUCCAUUUGGUCGUGCAGGAGACGAUCAGCCCUUCUGGCCAGGGGUUCUGAUCAGUGACUCCUUCCUUUCCAAGCCUGGUGUACCUAAUGUUACAGGGACGUGG